CUGCUACUAGUUCAAACAUAAAGAUUGACAUGAAUGCUAUGCAGUGUUGUUAAUCUGUCAUAAUCUUGACAAAUACUUUUUGAGGAAGAGCAAUAAGAGUCGUUGGCCCAAUUUUUAUCAACCAACGCAACAUGUCACGGACGAUGGAGUGGGCGGCGAGGGCGGAGCACCUCCGCGGCAUUCCCAGAAAACUCGUGAUUGCGGCGGUGGGCGGAUUCGCCAAAACGGUGUCGUCUUUCCUCAACACCGCCGAUGUUCACAACGGCGACACUCUCCUCCGCCUCGUCCGCUCCAGACCCCACCGCGUCCCCCUCAUUACCGUUAGCAAUCACAUGUCCACUUUGGAUGAUCCGGUUAUGUGGGGGUUCAAGGGUUUUCCUAUCUUCGACACCAACUUAGCUCGCUGGGUUCUCGCUGCCGAAGAUAUUUGCUUCAGGAAUGCCCUCUAUUCCUAUAUUUUUCGGGUUGGGAAAUGCAUACCUAUUACGAGAGGUGGUGGAAUUUAUCAAGAGCACAUGAAUGAAGCUCUUGAGCGCUUAAAUGAUGGAGAAUGGCUGCAUACUUUUCCAGAAGGAAAAGUGUAUCAAGAAGAUGCACCUAUAAGGCAAUUGAAAUGGGGAACUGCUAGUCUAAUUGUUCGAGCACCUAUAACUCCAAUUGUAUUGCCAAUUGUCCAUCAUGGUUUUCAUGAGUGCUAUAGCAGCAUAGAGUGGUCCUUGGCUGCUACAGAACUGCCUUUGGAGUGUUUUUGCGAUCACAGCUGAAAUUGCAGCCAAAAUCACAGAUUUCGCAUGCUACAGCAGCAGAAUUCCAAUGGGUGGUUAAACCCCCCAUUUUGUCCCUGUUUCAAUGUCAUUUUUGGGGUAAAAAUGAGAUUCUACCCCCUUUUCUGACCACCGGAAAAUCCUAAUUUUCCCUACUUUCCCUCUAUUGUGGCUUCUGUUUCCCACCCACCAUUGCCCUCUCUAAACUCUGAAGCAAGCUCACCCCAUCCCCAAAAACCUUCUCUUCGGCAGUUUUCUGGCAACUGCAAUCCUGUUGUGUGAUUGUAACCUUCUCUUUCGGGUUCUGACAGAUUUUCUCUCUGUUUGUGGCCACAUUGUUUCUGUUUUCAGCAACUUUCCAGUGUUUUCUGGCAUCUGAAUAAUAGUAGAGUGACAAAUCUUAAAUGUUUGAGACUGUAAGAUAUAUCAUUUGCUUGCCUUUUGUUGUUGUGAGCUGUCCAAUUAUAGCUUGCUCAAGUACUAAAACAUCAAGCUUCUAUGCCCCUUUGUAUGUUGGACCUGGGUUUCAUUGAGCUGUCCAAGUAUUGUUCGUCCAAGUGCUGAGAACUAAUUCCCUUAUCACUGCUAGAACCUGUGUCACCUUGAGGCCCACUCAACAACGAGUAAAGGAAUUGGCAAAAUUUGGGAAGUCACACAAUGAUUCCCAUCACCUUAGUCUUAAAUCAGCUCGCUAUUCUCUCCAUUCAAUAAUCAAUACGCCAUAAAUGCACAAUUUGUAUAAAACCAAAGAGGCUGGGCAAGGAAGGCAUAUUCACCUUUUGGUCUCUCAGGCUAGGCUGGUAUUGAUUCAUUCCCACCCCUUGUCUAUGCUAGCUCAGCCUUCUGGAGUCAUACAUGAACAAUAUGUACUGUAGCAUUUUGGGGCCAGCCACUACACACUUGACUCCACUAUUUGAGAUUGAUAGCUAUGCUUAAAGUCAUGAAAAUUCCUUAAGGAUAAAAAUGAAGAUUUCUGUAGUCCUUCAUUGUUUGAUAAAUUCUCAUAUUUUCAUAUUAUAUUAGCCAGCAGACACACUAAAUAGUUUCUCUGCAUUAGGGAAAACUGGAUCUGCAAUUGUCUUACUUUUUAAUAGUGAUAGAUAUUUGGAAAUUUUAGUGAUUUUCAAGAUUUCUGACAUACUGUUUUCUGUAAUUCUUGUACUAUACACUUUGUAAGAGAUUGGUUUCUAUCAUUGUUGUCUUUUGUCCCAAUAUAAAUGCUAUAGAUGCCUAAGGCAAGCUUCCUCAUGGUUUUCUUUGUA